ACAGUGAAUACUUUUCUAGAGCUCACAUUUUCAAACCAGUCUUGAGUGAUACAAAGCUUGCAGCUUGGUCCAAGAAGGUAUUUCUGGGACCAAGCUGGUUUUUUCUAGAGUACAUACAAAGCUUGCAGCUUGGUCCAAGAAUAUAUUUCCGGGACCAAGCUGGUUUUUUCUGGAGUACCUUGGCCAAGGACUUGCACAUGGUUUUCACUGGGUUUAUAUACAAAUAUAAAAAUGAUUUAAUCCAUAAUAUUGUAAAUAAGGGUACAUAUGAUAUGUACUAUAGUUAUCUUCAUCUUCAUCAGUCUCAUUCUCUGCAGUAUUGGAGCACCUGAAAAAUGUAACCAUACUUUGAACAAAUUUUUAAUUUAUAGCAAACCUCAGCUUCAG